CGGUUUUGUGUUGGCCAUUCCUCCAUCCACCUUUUGAUUAAAAUAGUCAAAGGAAGAGGACUAGUCCAUUGUUGUCCACCAUCCUCCAUAUGCAUAAUUUUCCACAAACAUCAACAUGGACAUAAGUCCUUACACUCCUCCAAAGAAGCUAUCAUCACAUUCCACCAUCCACUCCAAUAACCAUAACAACAUCAUUGCCGAUGAGGCUACAACGUUAGAUCAUAACAACAUCAUGCACCGCAGCAACCACAGCCACACGUCCACGAGCCGUUCUUCUGACUCAGGUGAGCUUAGUGAAGACGGAAAAUGGGCCCCCAAACUUCUCAGAGAGUGUGCAAAAGCAAUAUCAGAGAGAGACUCAACCAAAACACACCAUCUUCUUUGGAUGCUUAACGAGCUUGCUUCGCCUUAUGGAGAUUGUGAUCAGAAACUCGCCUCUUAUUUCUUGCAAGCCUUGUUCUGCAGAGCCACGGAGUCUGGUGAGAGAUGCUAUAAAACUCUUUCCUCCGUGGCUGAGAAGAACCACUCGUUUGACUCAGCGAGGAGGUUGAUACUCAAGUUUCAAGAGGUAAGUCCCUGGACCACGUUCGGACAUGUGGCCUCCAACGGGGCGCUUUUGGAGGCCUUGGAAGGCGAGCCAAAGCUCCACAUCAUCGACCUCAGCAGCACCCUUUGCACGCAGUGGCCAACACUCCUUGAAGCGUUGGCCACGCGAAAUGAUGAGACGCCUCAUCUUAAACUCACAGUGGUGGCCAUAGCUGGGUCGGUGAUGAAAGAAGUUGGUCAACGGAUGGAGAAGUUUGCAAGACUCAUGGGCGUGCCCUUUGAAUUCAACGUCAUUAGUGGAUUAAGCCAAAUCACCAAAGAAGGCUUGGGGGUUCAAGAAGAUGAGGCUAUAGCUGUGAAUUGCGUUGGGGCAUUGAGAAGAGUCCAAGUUGAAGAGAGGGAAAACUUGAUUCGUGUGUUUAAGUCUCUUGGUCCUAAAGUGGUAACCGUUGUUGAAGAAGAAGCUGAUUUUUGCAGCUCGAGGGGGGAUUUUUUUAAGUGCUUUGAAGAGUGUCUCAAGUUCUACACACUUUACUUCGAGAUGUUGAAGGAGAGUUUCCCUCCAACGAGUAACGAGAGGUUGAUGUUGGAGAGGGAGUGUUCGAGGAGCAUAGUUAGGGUUUUGGCUUGUUGUGGUACUGGUCAUGAGUUUGAAGAUGAUCAUGGAGAGUUUGAUUGCUGUGAGAGGAGGGAGAGAGGGAUUCAGUGGUGUGAGAGGCUGAGGAAUGCGUUUUCGCCAAGUGGAUUCAGCGAUGAUGUGGUGGAUGAUGUGAAAGCAUUGCUCAAGAGGUACCAAUCAGGGUGGUCACUUGUGGUGACUCAAGGAGAUGAACAUAUCUCAGGGAUUUACUUGACAUGGAAGGAGGAACCAGUGGUUUGGGCAUCAGCAUGGAAACCCUAGAAUAUACUUACUUGAAUUCAAUGAAUGUGUGUGUAUUGAUGAUCAUUGUAUCUAUAUAUUAUUAUAUAUAUAUAUAUAUAUAUAUAUAUAUAUAUAUCUGUGUUUGGUGUAUGGUACCAUUACUAUAUAUAUAUAUUGGGGGGCUAGGCUAAAGCUAAAGCUAGCUAACCUUAAAACCAAGGGACUGAAGAGAAGUACACUGGAAAUUAAGGUGCUCUCUGGGGAUAUAUACCAAUACCAAGAGUAUUAUUAUUAGAUGGAGCUAGCAAUGGAUGGAUGGAUCUGGAUUUUUCUUUUAACUUUCUCGUAUGAUUCUUGCACACUUUGUAAUUUUUCUCCCGUCCAAGUCUCCUUUAAAGGGCAAGACUUUUUGCUUGGGAGUUUGUGUUGUUAGACUUUUACACCUUUUUAUUAUAGUUAAGUUAAUAUAUUGCUGCUCUUGUUUGAA